GGAAGCAACGCACCGAGCCUCUUGUGUCCAGCUGAGCUGCUGAGAGGCUGAGCAGAAUUUUCUCUCCGCGGGCUGAGGCCCGGCUCCUGGGAGGAAAGAUGCUCGCUAGGGAGGGGUUUGCCUGUGGGACCAGGUACGGCCGGGUCCUCUCCCACAUUUGGGAGGGGCCAGAGCCCAGGCGACGGCUGGGCUGGGCUGCUAGAGAGGUCAUCUGACUGGCUGCCCGGCCUGGGAGGCACACUGGCCAACCACGCAGAAGCCGGUGCUCACACAGGCAGUUGCCAGGCUGUGACUGCCACUCGCCCCCAGCACCUCCAGGCACCCAUUUACCCGAAGGAACACAUACAUCAGCCCCGAGAUCACACCUGCUGAGCUGAAGAUCACUGCCAGAGACUCCAAGGAGGAAAGGCAGGCAGCAGCCAGUCAUACCAUGUCUGUGGCCAGUGGGAAGACAAGAUCAUCCCUGACCCAGGAGAUCCUCAGCCACCUGGGCCUUGCCAGCAAGACUGCAGCUUGGGGAACCCUGGGCACCCUCAGGACCUUCUUGAGCUUCAGCGUGGACAAGGAUGUGCAAAGGCUGCUGAGGGCCAUUGCAGGACAAGGUGUGGACCGUGGCUCCAUCGUGGACGUACUGACCAACAGGAGCAGAGAGCAAAGGCAGCUCAUCUCUCGAGCCUUCCAGGAGCGCACCCAACAGGACCUGCUGAAGUCCCUGCAGGCAGCACUCUCUGGCAACCUCGAGAGGACUGUGAUGGCUUUGCUGCAGCCUGCAGCCCAGUUCGAUGCCCAGGAAUUGAGGACAGCCUUGAAGAACUCAGGUUCUGCUGAGGAUGUGGCCGUGGAAAUUCUUGCCACCCGAAGCCCAGCCCAGCUGCAGGAGUGCCUGACGGUCUACAAACAUAAUUUCCAGGUGGAGGCUGAGGAGGACAUCAAAUGUGAGACCAGCGGCAUCUUGCAGGAACUGCUCCUGGCCCUGGCCAUGGGGGCCCGUGAGAGCUACUCUGGAAUCAUUGACUAUAACCUGGUGGAACAGGAUGUCCAGGCAUUAAGACAGGCUGAAGGGCCCAGCACAGAGGGCACGUGGGUCCUAAUCUUCACCCAGCGAAAUCCUGAACACCUCGUCCGAGUGUUCGACCUGUACCAGCGGUAUACUGGGCACGAGCUGGAGAAGACUGUCCACCACCUUUUCCACGGAGAUGCCCAGGCAGCUCUGCUCAGCCUAGCCUCAGUGAUCAGGAACACACCGCUCUACUUUGCUGAUAAACUUCAUCAAGCACUCCAGGACAUCAAGCCCAAUUACCAAGUCCUGAUGCGCAUCCUUAUCUCUCGAAGUGAGACUGACCUUCUAAGCAUCCGAGCGGAGUUCAAAAAGAAAUCUGGCAAGUCCCUCUACUCUUCUCUCCAGGAGGCAGUGAAAGGGGACUGCCGGUCAGCUCUACUAGCCCUGUGCAGGGCCGAAGACAUGUGAGGCCUCCCUGGCCUCCUGCCCUCCCUACCACACCAUGACAUCCAAGGAUCUAAGAUCUCCAUGUUUGGCUGAGCCUGCCGGAAAUCUGCUGGACCUCCAAAUAGGAUAACCCCUCACUGAGCGCCACAUGUUCCAGCUUCUUGUUGAGGCUAGAAUUUGAAGUCUCUUUUGAAUCCCUUGAUUUCCUCAUCUCAAAGUGAUGCCUUACCUGGGUCCCCCAUCUCUGUCUUGGGUAUAGACAGAUCUUUGAUGGUUUCUGCCCUACUCAUCCUUCCCAUACCCUGGUCAAAACAUCUCACUGAUUCUUGAAUUCUUUUGGCAAACUUCA